UAGCCUAUAGGAAACAUCAAGAAGUUUUGCAAACGCUGAUGUGACACCGCCUUGCAUGCAUGAGACUUGGUCUUCUCUCUACCUCCCUCCCACCCUUCGUAGCAAGUCGGUGCUGAUGCGAGAGCAUCGCUUGCCUCUUUUUGAAUUCAUUCAUUCCAAGGCGUCCGCCUUUCCAAGACUCGCAGUUAGGGGCUACCGAUCGCUCGGUAGGCUACUUGCCGUUUGUGCGCACCUUAGGGCACUAACUACUCGCUCUCAAGGAUUUAUUAAUUUAUCCUUAAGGGACACGUCGUCUUCAUUUAUAAUUUAGCCACGAUUGAUGACUGUCUUAUACAAAACCUUUCGAUAUUCUUUUACGCUGGAGACUGGUUGGUUUGAACGAUUGUGACAACUGAAGCGAAAGAUGGAUGCUUGAGCUCUAGGGUUCUACUUGUAAUGUUGAUACAGACUGCUACGUUUAAAUUCUGCAAGGAGACGAAAACCCAUUCGCUCGGACCUCCACUAAGUUCGCGGUGUCAGUAGGCGGUGGUCAUCAGUUUAGAGGUUCGCGGGGUCGGUUUACAGGACACGUAGGCUAUAUGCUAAGAAUCUGAAUUUUCCAUUUAAUUUGAUGAAACUGGGCAACCCAUUUUCAUUCGUGGUAGGCAUAAUAUGCAAUUGAGAGCUAGUUCUGUUGUCAAACGGACAGUCGUUAGGUGCAGCCCUUGUCAUUACGCGAGGCACAUCUGAAGAUCCCAACUGGGCAGGUUUCUGUUGACAACCUACGGACUGCAAAACAACGUGUCAGAUGAAGAUUUUCUUCGAGUGGGUGGUUUGACUAGAGGGCGCAGAAUACCACAGCGGAGCAGCCACAAAGUGCUGGCGGGAUAACAGUGCUUUCCUGCCGGGCUUGUCUGACCCAUCCUUACGUGUUGGCGGGAACAACACCACGCGCACGCCAACACCUGUCCAUCCCCGGUUGAAAUAUCAAGAGCACGAGUCCCCCUGCCAUGGGCUUGCACCCCGGGCUCUAAGGGCAGACAGUUUGCCGUCGCAGGACACCGCAAAUUGCCAAAUGGUGUGUGGCGACCACCUGUGUUCCAUACUGCAGAAAUAACGAGAAAGGUGCACCAUUGAGGCUCCCUGACUGACAUAUCAAGAGAGAGACCCGAGGCAACCAUGUCAUCCGCGCACCCUCUCCCCAUCCUCCGCCCCCGUCCUCCCGCUCUCCUGCUCUUCUCCCUCUUCCUCCUCUUCCUCUCGCCUCCCUCCUCCCUUGGUUCCCCCUCCCUGGAGGGCCCCGACGGUGGCAACCAGUCGACCAACGACAGCUGCUCGCAGAGCGACCCGUGCGAGCCCGGCGUCAUCCUCCCCGUGUGGUUACCGCAGAACCCGUCGGUGGGCGACAAGGUGGCGCGCGCCAUCGUCUACUUCGUGGCGCUCGUCUACAUGUUCCUGGGCAUGUCCAUCAUCGCCGACCGCUUCAUGUCGUCCAUCGAGGUGAUCACCUCGCAGGAGAAGGAGAUCACCAUCAAGCGGCCCAACGGAGAGACCACCACCGCGACCGUGCGCAUCUGGAACGAGACCGUCUCCAACCUGACGCUCAUGGCGCUGGGCUCGUCCGCGCCCGAGAUCCUGCUGUCGGUCAUCGAGGUGUGCGGCCACGGCUUCGAGUCGGGCACGCUCGGGCCCUCCACCAUCGUGGGCAGCGCCGCCUUCAACAUGUUCGUCAUCAUCGGCCUGUGCGUGUACGUGGUGCCCGACGGCGAGACGCGCAAGGUCAAGCACCUGCGGGUGUUCUUCAUCACGGCCGCCUGGAGCAUCUUCGCCUACAUCUGGCUCUACCUCAUCCUGUGCUUCUUCUCGCCCGGCGUGGUUGAGUUGUGGGAGGCCGUGCUCACCCUGCUCUUCUUCCCGAUCUGCGUGGUGCAGGCCUGGAUUGCCGAUCGGCGCCUGCUCUUCUACAAGUACGUGCGCAAGCGUUACCGUGCCGACAAGAGCCAUGGCAUUGUGGUGGAGACGGAGGGCGGUGACGACAUUAUGAUGAAGGAGACGGGCUUUACCAAGAUGGACAUGCUGGAGUUGGACGGCAUGAACUCGCACCUGGAUGGCAUGUUGGUGACCGGCGGCGGCGGCGGCGGCGAGGAGGGCAUGCGUGACCAGGAAGACGAGGCGCGGAGAGAUAUGGCGCGCGGGCUCAAGGAGCUCAAACAAAGGCACCCCGACAAGGACAUGGAGCAGCUAAUAGAGAUGGCCAACUAUCAGGUGCUGGUUCAGCAGCAGAAGAGCCGGGCCUUCUACCGCAUCCAGGCCACGCGCAUGAUGAUCGGGGCGGGCAACAUCCUGAAGAAGCACGCGGCCGACCAGGCCCGCAAGGUGGUGAGCAGCAACGAGCAGCAGGAGCAGGAGGACGACCCCUUCACCACGCGCCUGGACUUCCAGCCCGUGCUCUACCAGUGCUUCGAGAACUGCGGCUCGCUCAAGCUCACCGUGGCCCGGCGCGGCGGGGACGCCGGCUGCACCGUGAAGGUCGACUACCGCACCGAGGACGGCACGGCCAACGCCGGCUCGGACUACGAGUUUGCCGAGGGCACGCUGCUGUUCAAGGCCGGCGAGACGCUCAAGGAGGUGACGGUGGGCAUCAUCGACGACGACAUCUUCGAGGAGGACGAGUACUUCUACGUGCGCCUGAGCAACCCGCGCAUCGUGGGCUGGGCCGACGGGCACCCGGUCGCCCCGGAGAUGCCCGGCUCGUCCGCCUACCAGGCGACGCUGGGCGAGGCGCACACGGCCACCGUCACCAUCUACGACGACGACCACGCCGGCAUCUUCACGUUCGAGACCGACGCGCUGCGCGUCAGCGAGAGCGUGGGCACCAUGCAGGUGAAGGUGAUGCGCACGUCCGGCGCCCGCGGCCUGGUGAGCGUGCCCUACCGCACGCUGGACGGCACCGCCAAGGGGGGCGACGACUACGAGGAGGCCAGCGGCAAGCUGGAGUUCCAGAACGACGAGACCAUGAAAAUCAUUGAAGUGAAGAUUAUCGAUGAUGAGGAGUACGAGAAAAACAAAGCUUUCACCAUUGAGCUGGGCGAACCAAUACUACUGGAUAUUGGACAAAAGCAUGGAGACUCCAAUGAGAACAAACCCGGGGGUGCGGAGGACGAGGAUGCGUCCAAGAUGGGCUGCCCCAGUCUGGGAGAGCACACUAGACUGGAGGUGGUCAUAGAGGAAUCCUACGAGUUUAAGAACACAGUGGAUAAACUCAUUAAGAAGACCAACCUUGCCCUGGUGGUGGGCAGCAGCAGCUGGAGGGAGCAGUUUGUCAAUGCUGUCACGGUCAGCGCAGGGGAGGAUGAUGAGGAAGAGAGCGGAGAGGAGCGCCUGCCGUCCUGCUUCGACUACAUCAUGCACUUCCUCACCGUCUUCUGGAAGGUUCUGUUCGCCUUCGUGCCGCCCACCGAGUACUGGAACGGCUGGGCCUGUUUCAUCGUCUCCAUCUCUCUCAUCGGCAUGCUCACGGCCGUGACCGGUGACCUGGCCUGCCACUUCGGCUGCACCAUCGGCCUCAAGGAUACCGUCACCGCCGUGGUGUUCGUGGCCCUGGGCACCUCCGUUCCCGACACCUUUGCCAGCAAGGUGGCGGCCAUUCAGGACCAGUACGCCGACGCCUCCAUUGGCAACGUGACGGGCAGCAACGCCGUCAAUGUCUUCUUGGGCAUCGGUGUGGCGUGGACCAUCGCUGCCGUGCACUGGCGCCUGAAGGGCCAGACCUUCAACGUCCCGCCGGGCUCGCUGGCCUUCUCCGUGUCGCUGUUCACCACGCUGGCCGUCGUCGGCGUCAGCGUGCUCCUGUACCGCCGGCGCGCAUCGGUGGCCGGGGGAGAGCUGGGCGGCCCGCGGACUUGCAAGCUGUUCACGUCAGCGCUCUUCUUCAGCCUGUGGCUCAUCUACAUCCUGCUGACCUCGCUGGAGGCCUACUGCCACAUCCCCGGCUUCUGAGAGAGAGAGAGAGAGAUAGAGAGAGGGAGGGAUGGAGGGAGAACGAGAGACGGAGGGGGGGGAGAGUUGGGGAAGAAAAAGAAGGUGCAAAAUGAAGAGAUACAGAGUUUUAUGAAGUGAAAGAGAUUGGGUAGGGAAAAGAGAAUGAGAAAGAAAAUGACUGGGGAGGGUAAAAAUGAACAAUUUCGUGACAAAAUGGCGUGUUUGGGAAGAGAAAGAAAGAGAAUGGAGGUGUGAAUGAUAGACCUACAAAGAAGAGCAAACUUGGAUUUACUCUCUGCCAACCUACAAACAGACCCAACUGUUUCCCGUGUCCUUUGAAUUGUCUCUGGUUCCUCGUCUCUGUGCUUUCCUUCGGUUUCCUCAGCCCUUUUUCUCUCUCUUUCCCCUCCCCCUUUCUUCCCCUCCGCCUCCUUUUCGAAUGCAGUAUGAAGCUAUGUGUCCCACUCCACAGUGACUCUGCCUUACCACCACUGUACUGUAAGGUGUAACGUCGUCCUCACUUUGUCUUAACCAGUAGGAGUAUAAGCGUCUCCUCCAUUGGCCUGCCAUUGCUCCUAGACUGAAGGCUCAAUGUCCCCCACGUCUCCAUGUGAAGACUCAAUGUCCCCAUGUCCCCACGUCUCCAUGUGAAGACUCUUCCCAGUUUUCUACUCCAUUUUCUUCUGUGUAACUUGUCAGUGAUGUUGUCGUGAAAUUGUAAUAUUUUUUUUUUAUUUGGAAUGAAAUGAAGCGCGAAUAUCCCCGAAAACGUGGAGAGCGGGAGGCAAGACGAGAAACGUUGGAUCAUUUUUGUGUUUGUGUGUGAGAGAGGUUACCGCAUGUUUACAGAACUAGAUGGAACUCUGGAAAUAACGAAAGAAUGAGGUGAGAGGCUAGUAAAGCUAGCAAGCUAGUAAAAGUGGCAGAAUGCUUUGCAUGGUUGUAAUAUCAAUACAAGAGGAUUUGUGUGUUUAUGUGAUGUCAAGCCCAGGAAAAGGAAUGCGUUGGAUGAAGCCAAGGAACCAUGCAAGAUCAUGAAUGCCAGUGUAUGUUGAUUUAACGACUUUAUAUGUGUAUGAAGAAUGAAAUUAGUUGGAAAGCUAAAAGAAUUUUCGAACUACUCAGAACGGAGGAGAACCGUGUAAGAAAUGCAGAAGAGCAUUGUGUUUCCUCCACUGAUAGGUACUGUAGCUUGACUUUAGCGUUAGCAAGUAUACUUGGUCACCAAGAAAUAAUUCCGUCGGUGUGAAGACAGUGUAUAAAAAACCUCACACGUGAAAACAUCACCUAAGCUGUGACAGAGGAACGUGACUUUUACCUAGGACAGUUAGACAGUUAGACCUUUAGAACUAUGGACUUCAUGCGUGCAUGUCUCAUUGUGUUAAAAAAAUUGUUCUUAUAUGGACGGACUGAAAAUCUGUCAUAAUCAUCAAAUGGUAUUGUUGAUUAUUUUAUUUUGUAUUUUUAAUUAUUUCUUGUCUGUUCUGCUUUUAUAGAUAUUUGCCUACCAUGCUGUGUGGUAGAGGUAUUUGUGUUGUCAGUAUUUAUUUCAGUGUAUAAGACCUGAAUAAGAGCAUACAUCCA